AUGUUACCCAUGCUGCAUCCCCCUCACCCAUCCUCCUCAUCUACUCCUCCGUCCUGCUCCACCAGCUCCUCUUCGCAUCAGCCGCCGCUGCUUUCUCAUUCGCAACAAGGACAUCAACAACAGCAGCAACAGCAACAGCAGCAGCAACACCAUCUCCUUCAUGGUGGGCUUGCUGUUUCUGGCGGAUCCCUCUCCUCCCCUCCACCCCCCGCCACCUCGAAGAUGUCGGGGGAUCUGGUGUCAGGACUAUCCCACCAUCUUUCGCUGUUGUCGUCGUCCUCGACGUCCUCUUCGACGUCCUGCAUGUCGUCGCCUUUAGGAGCGCUGGUGCAGUCCUCCCAUCGUCACCAGACCCACCAUCACCUUCAUCAUCACAGCUCCCACCCUCUCCACGACCACCUCCACCAUUACCACCAACAGCAACACCAACAACACCAGCAACAUCAGCAACAUCAGCAACAACAUCGACAGCUCCCGGUUUCGCUAAGAUCUCCGAGUCACUCGCCCCUUCUGGUGGGUGCUCUUCUACCCGUUCCACCCACCACCUCCCUAGAUCCUGCCUCGUGUUCCUCUGUCCCUGGUGCCCACCUCUCCUCCCACUCCUCGCUCGCACAUUCCCCGCAGGACUCCCCACAGCUAGACUUCCAGCAUGGCACUUCGCCCCAUGGGCAUCUCUUCCGUUCCGCUAAUCGAGCCCUUUUCCGUCAUCCCGACUCCCCGCCACCCUCCAUCCCCGCUCCACCAUCCCUUGGCAUCGAGCAGGGUGGGGACACCGAAAGGCCGUGCCGAGACUGA